AUGGGAUCCGUUAAGUCAUUCAGAGAUGUGGGAGUCGCUGUCCAACAGAGCGAGUUAUCCAAGACAACUGCCUCUGCUUCCACACUUCAGGAAUUGAUUUCUACAAUUCCUCGUGCCUAUCAAGCAGUGCUGGGAGACCACCUGCAAAAGAAAUACCGGGUUGCUCAUAAACACGCCAAUGUUCAAAGCACCAUUUCGGCAUACGAAAGACACGAGAAUGACAAAUCCUUCCCGCCGCUGAUUCGGAAUGCGCUGAAGGAACCAAAAUUACAAUUCGCCAAAGAAUUCCUUGGGACUACGGAAGGGAGCAAUGCUCCUGCAGCCUUCAAGUCCAAGUUGUUCACCGCACGGGCGACCGCUCUAGCGUCCGCGAUCGAGUUGAAAAAAUCAGAGCUUGAGCAUCUAGCCACUCUCAUCAUUCCUGAUGACUUUAAUUGGAAAAAUCAAGUCAAGGAAGUUGCAAAGAAGGUUGCUCAAAGUGCUGGCGGAGCGUUUGCAUUGAACAACCAACGUGAGUGGCAGCUCACGGGGGUCGCUCCUGCCGCACAAACAGAAUUUUCUACCAUGUGGGGAGCUUGCCAGGUAUACACAUACCGGGUGCUAGCCCUCGCAAGGUCAGCAAUAGACCGCGCGGAAAUCCAAAAAGUCGCUAAAAUGCAACUUAAGGAUAAUACCGACGUGGAAAUGACUGAUGGUCUUGCAAGGGAACCCGCCGUCAAAGACAUCAUCAGAGAAGAGCUAAAAGCCUUCAAACUUGAGCUAGUCAGAAGCCAAAAUCAGUCAAGAAAAUCCACCGGAAGAGUCCAGAAGAACAAAAAGAACUCUGGAGGAAGACCGAAAAACGGUGGUGGGAAUGGAAAGAAGAAGGGCAAGAAGUCACGAUAG